UGCAGAUCACGUGAUAACUAUAUUAAUAGAAUGUAGUUGGCGCCAACAAAAUAUGAAGUUAGUUAUUUUUAGGAAUUGAAAACCGAAACCAACUCUUUGUCUUCCAUAUAUUUUUUUCUCUCUUAUCAUUUUCCUCCAAAACCCUAAUCCUUCCCUUAUAUGGGAAUUGUAUGAAUCUUGAGAAAGAAAUAAAUAAUUAAAAAAUUUGGGUUUCACUUAUUAGGCAAAUUUGAAGCUGAAAAUAUAUUUUAUUUUCAAUUAGGACAUUGCUUUUUGUAGGGGUUUUUUCCCUCUAAUUUCUGGGUUGAUAAAGGUUGAAAGAGAGAUUGCUGGAGCUGCUUCAUGUGAGGUGGCUCCAUCUAUAGGAAGACAUUUAUUAUAAGUGAUGGAAUCUUAAAUAUGUAAGUGGAGGCAAUACCAUCUUAGAACAGAUUCACCAGUAACCGAAAAUAAAGUUGAUGCGCUCACACCACCAACUUUACUCAUGGAUUCUGAGCAAGAGAGUGAAGAAAGACGAGAUUCAGAUGCCACUUUAGAUGAAAGUGAAUCAGCGUCGUCUAAAAGUUCAGAAUAUUCCCAUUCCGUCUCGUCUUCUUCAUCAGACUCUUCUUCAGAUGAUUACAUCCAAGUGGAGCCGAAAAUAAUAUUCAACUCUGUCUCAUCAGGCAUAGCAUCUUCCAAAUCUCAGCCCGAUGCAAAACUUCUAUCUCAAAGUGUUGUAUCCUCGAAAACGUCUACAAGUUCCACCUCACAGGAUUCAGAUGUCACUCAUGAAUCUGCAUUCUCAACCAUGUCAACCACACAGUCUCCUUCUAUACAAGUGAUGGAUCGGGAGGCAGGUUUUGAUCCGAAUAGAAUUCCCUCAUCUAUUUUUGGGAGUAAGGAUUUGUCCUCUAAGGGAUGGAGCACUGCUUCUAACGAAUCAUUGUUCAGUAUCCACAGUGCUGGAAAUGGUAGUGCAAGGGAUGAUAAUGUGACGACUGAUGGAGAUUUCAAACGGUCCAAGAAACGAGACAACUUUACAGAAGUACCAACAAACAAAGAAAUUAAUAAGGCUGGGGAGCUAACUAGGUUUAGGCAGACUUUGCCACUUGCAAAAGCAGGAGGAAAUAAGAAAAAGAUCUUAGAGAAAGAAAGGAAAGUAGAUGUUGUAAACAAGCCGUUAGCAACAGGAAGUUCAGAUGAAGCAACAAAGAGAGUAGUCCGUUUUAGAGAAGAAAUAAAAGUAGGAGAGAAGAAGAAUCACUCUAAUGCUAUUGGCCUCUCUGGUGGAAAUGUAUGCUUUGGGGACGCUUGCACUGUCGUUCGCCAUUCUGAUGGGAAUGACAUGUGUUCAGCCAUUCCAAUAAAAAAGAAGUCUUCUUGGUGGUCAUGCUGUUCUUGUAGUAGUUGGUCUUGCUGCUCAAGUUGGCCAAGCUGCUCGUUGAAGUGCUCGGGUUGCUCUUGUAAAUGGUUAAGCUGCUCAGUUUUCUCUUGUAAGUGGCUAAGUUGCUCAGGUUGCUCUUUUAAGUGGCUAAGUUGCUCUUGCAAGUGGUUAAGCUGCUCAAGUUGCUCUUGUAAGUGGUUAAGCUGCUCAAUUUGUUCUUGUAAAUGGCCAAGCUGCUCAGGUUGUUCUUGUAAGCUGUUAAGCUGUGCAGGCUGCCACUGUAAGUGGCCAAGCAUGCCUUUUGGCUGUUGCAAAUGGCCAUGCGGCUUUGGUGGUUACUGCAAAUGGCCGAGCUGCCACUGCAAGUGUUUAACUUCGCUACGCUGCUGCUGCUAAUGUCGUAUCUGGCAUAGCAAUUGUAUGUGCAUGACCUGGCAAAGCUCUGUGCGCGACAGUACUGCACUGUAGCUGGGCAUUCUGCUUUGUGGGAUCAUUUGAAUGAUCUGAUCUUGCCAGUUUGAUGGAAGAAGAACUGUGUAUGUGGAAAAGGAUAGCCUGAGUUCCAGCGUGCCAUCGAGCUCCUUCGAGGCUUCUAAGGAGCAUUCCGAAAACUAAUGUACAUGCCUCCCUUGGUUGUUGUGGUUCUUGCCAUCGUUGCUCUAGUUGUUGCUGAGAGCAUGAAGGCCUAAUUUCAUUUAGGCCUUCUAUUUACUUCCGCCUCCUUCAUUAAAAGUUCUAGCAAUCCACACACAUAGGUGUCGUAGAAUCAAGAAAAUAUAAAAGCUAAAAGUAUGCACAAUGUUGCAGCAGCAACUAGCUUGCCAACAUUAUCGAGAUUUAUAGUAGCUGAUCUACUCAAGCAUUGAACAAUAUCUAAUAUCUUGACCAUUUUAGUGUAUAUAUGUAGGUUGUGAGGUUUAUAUAUAUUUUUGCCUCACAUUACUUGGUCUAUUGUGCAACCAUUUCUUCCUUUUUCAAGUUAGGACAAGAAAAGGUUGUAAUAUUAGCCGAGCAUUGAACGAUAUCUAAUGUCUUGAUCAUUUUAGUUUAUAUAUGUAGGUUGUGAGGUUUAUAUAUAUAUAUAUUUUGCCUCACAUUACUUAGUCCAUUGUGCAACCAUUUCUUUCCUUUUUCAAGUUAGGAAAAGAAAAGGCUGUAGAGAGAAUAUGAUGGAGGUAGUGCCAUCUUUUCUCUGUAAUAGCGCUUGUAACUCUAUGAGUUUAUUUAUGUUCUCCUAAUAUGGAUUUAAAUCUUCUCCUUUCUCUUACAU